AUGGCUUCCGAACCUUCCCCAGAUACGAUCAAAACCCUCUCCGACUUCACAGGCGUCAGCCAUGAGGCCGCCAUCAUUUUGCUAAAGAAGAACAACAACGAUGUUGCGCGCAGCGCAGAUGUCUACUGGCAAGACCCCGUAGGCUCGCUCAGAGAAGACCCUAAUGCGCGAACAUGGGAGUACCAGGACAAUGUUCCGUUCGACGACGGUGCAAGCACUGGGGCAAUGCCUGCUACCCGCCCACCAUCAAGAGCAGACAACAGCAACAAAGUCGUGGAUCUCUCGCAUACGCACGCCGAAGCCACGGCAGCUGCAGACAAACAAAUGCAGGACGACGAGAUGAACGAUCCCGAGAUGCAGCGUGCCAUCAACCUGUCGUUGGGGAAGCCCGAGAUGCCGGAGCAGGAAAGCGGUAUUACAGGUGCUGGUCAACAGUUUGGGCCAGCCAAUCGACCGAGCUAUGAUCCUGCACAGUGGUCCAUGGUUCCUGUGGCGACAUCAAGAGAGCUGAUCGAUCACCCCUCCCCAUCGAAAAGACGGCGAAAGGAAGGCCAGCCAGCAUUUUUACGCCCCUCUAAAGAGUCUGGCUAUCUCGCGGCUCUUUUGACCAUUUACCACUCCAUCCCGCUGGCACGUGAGGCGUUGCUUAUGCCACCGAUGAAAGUUCUGUCAUAUGGAUACAAUUCUGCCUGGUGGUCAGGUAGUUCAGACGAAAACUCCAAGUCGCUUUCUAUGGAAUUAGAUCAGAAUGCCGACAAGGACAGAAUUAAUCUCCUUGCCGAGUUGCAAUGUCUGAUGGCCUUUCUCGACGGCACCACCCGCGCUUAUGGUAGCGUUGAUGCACUGACCGAUCUGAAUGCGUUCAGAAAUUUCCGUCAUGAGGCGAGUACAUCGUUCUCCCAUUUCCUUGAAGCCUGGAAGUAUGCCGCCGUAGCUCAGCACCCACAAGAGCAGGUCACCCAGAUUUUCAACUCAACGGCCGUUAGAAAUGACGCCGGCUCUAUUCAAGACAAGGAAAUGGUAUGUGUCGAGCCCAUAGUCAACCAUAUACCCGGUCAGCUGCUGGUCAGUCUACUGGAUAACACUGUCUGGAAUGAUACUGUUGACGAGCUGGAGGAUGUUUGGAUUUCGCAGGCCGCAGAAAUCUUCACGAUUCGUCUAUUUGACCCAGGUCAGCAGCUUGGAGGCCUGGAUCUGACUGUUCCGCCGAUCUGGUACCCUGACCGGUACAUGGAAUCUCUGAGAAUGCAAGCGCUGCGCAUGCGAGAAGAAGUCCAGGAAGUCCAGCGGCAAUUCAAUCAUUGUAUCGCUCAACAAAGGCGGCUGACAUCAUUCAUGGGCCACGACCGGCGGCCCAUCAGAGCCCGUGAUGUUCUUGAAGCGGCAGCCAGACUUUCCAAGACUGCCUUAAAGGAUCGGUAUGGGGAGCACCAGCCGAGUGCAGACCUAGAGGUGUUGAAUGUCAGCUCGGUAGAAGAACAUAUUCGAGCCGCCCUGCAGCGGAUUGACGACAAGAUUCAAUUGCUGGAAGACAGAAAAGAGCCUCUGCGUGCGCGGAUUCAGCAGAUCCGAAUGCAGUACACCGCGCCUGGCGACAAUCCUGAUGAGCCACCGCAUAUGAAAUAUGUGCUGCAGGGUGUUGCAACCAAACCAGAGAUUAUGUAUGUUAGAGAGCGCAACCAAGAUCUCCUCGGCCUAGAUGAUGAAGAAGACGUCAAGCAUCAGGACUACCAGUGGUGGCGCAUCGAAUGGCCGCAGUCUCGACAAUACGACCAGGCAGAGAUAAAACCACCGACGAUAGGUCCCAUGCCUAAGACCGAGGCAGAAGCGAGUGAUGGUACUGCGGCCACAGACAUAGGCGAUGCGCCUUACUCAGUUGUACCGGUUGCAGAAGACGAUGUCAUCGAAGCAGCGAGAACAGAGCAUCACUCGGUCGUGCUAGUGUACGCCAACCAGAACGCAAUGAGUUUCCAAGGCAAACCCAUGUCGCCUCCCCUACGGCAAUUUGUGGAGCAAGACAAUGUCAACUUUGCUAAGGAGUUGCGAGAAGAGGCGGACGAGCAGGAUGACUCAAGUAUGACCUGGGAGACCGUGCCGCUGGCUGCUGGGGGGGCUGUUCGGGCAGACCGAGAAAUGACUCCGAUGUCAACUAGCACGCAUCGCGGGGAGGAUGGCCAACCAUCGCCGAAGCGGCCCAGAAGCUCGGAUGACGGUUGGAAACCACAAGAAGAGGGUCUUCCAUCUUAUGACGAGGCGGUUGGGAGUCCAGUGCCCGAGAUGCAGGAAAGGAGUAACAAGAUUGGUCUGUACGCGGAAGCCAUGUUAGAGAAGUACGGCAACGAAGAUGGCACAGCGACAAACGAUCAGGAAAUCGGUGAGGCUGUGCAUGUUGAGCGAGCAGCGGAUCUACCUCGAUAG